AUGGCAUCUAACGGAGUAAACGGAACUCACGAAGCGGAUGGGAGCCUUCAAGGUUCUUCUCCAUGCUCCUCCAGCCGUGUAUCGCCUCGCCCCGAAACCCUAACUGGAACUCUCGAUAACAAAGUUCAAGCCUUCAAGGCACAAGUCAAACUUAUCUUCCGUACCUUGCUGAUUCCACCACUGGUUCACGAUAGCGAGAAAUGCAAAAUAACUCUAAAACAGUGUCUCAAGAUGUUCGACGAGCACGAGGAGAGCUUCAAAACAGUAGCGGGACCGAUACUGAUUCAAUACCUGGCUGACCUUAUAACAGAGCUCAUUUUCCUGAAUGAGAACCGUGUCAAAUAUACUGGAACUCCAGCAACCGCGGAGUUUAAGCGAGUAUGGUUGGAGAAAAUCACAAAUCUGCAGAAAGCGCCGCAAAUCCAAAAUCUAAAUUUUGUUAGAGAAGUAUUGAUGGAGUUUUCAACGGCCUUCAAAGCAUACUCAGAAGAAGACCAACAUUUUCUUCGGGAGUUCAUGAUUAGGGAGAUUGCAAUUUUCGCCAACGCUUUGACCCACCGUAUAGAUAUCGAAAAAAACCAAUUAAUUGGUCAUUUUCAUAUAUUACUUGAAAAACAACAUGCGGAGCUCCAAAAACUGGCAAAGAAUUCGAAUGCAGAGAUGGCAGGCAUGCAGCAAGAAAAACAUGUUCUGGUCUCAAAAAUGAAGGAAUUAAAACAACAAAAUGCUUCUUUCGAGAAAGAGAUUGGACAAAUGAACCUUAAAAUGAAGAAAAUGGCUGAAGAUCUCGAGGAGAAAACCAGGAAAGAGCAAAAUGGGAAAUCGGCAGAUGAAUUUUUGACAUUCGAGGCUGAGGAAGAAAUUGCAAAUCUGGAGGAGGAGCUUGCCCAACUCAAGACGGAAAACCAAGAGCUCAAAUCGCAAUUGGAGAACGGAGGAAAAAUCGAAAAACCAAAUGAGGGCAACACUUCAAUUGAACAUCUGGAAAACGAAUUGCGGAAACUGAGUCUAGAUCGAGAGAAACAAGCAACCGAGAUGAAUGAGAUGAGACAAAAGAUUGCAGUGCAACAAUUGACAAUUGAUAAAUUGAAAAAGGAGGACAAUCGAGAUGCAAUUGAAAGUCUGGAAAGAAAGAAGUCGGAAAAUUCUGCUCUUAGAAAACAAGUUGAAGAAUUGACAAGCCGAAUGGAAGAGCAUAAAAUCAAAAUUCUGGCAGUCCUAGAUGAAGACAAAGAAGAAAACAAUGAACGAAUUAGAAGUCAAAUCCAAGCAAUUUUUACUAAAGAAGAUGAUUCGACGGCUCCGAUUACUGAACUCGACGGUAGUCCAGCUAAAUUGAAAGGUUCCACCCACUCCAACUCCGAAGAAAGCUCGGCUACAUCUGAAGCAUCGGACGAUAGUGUUUCUAACCGCCCAAAGAGAAAAACGGGGGAGAAGAAUUAUUGCGAUGUUCAAUACUCAGCGUUCUUUAUUGUCGAAAACUUCGAAAAUGUUCGGAUCUUCUGCAACCACCCAAGGUACGUUUUUGGUGAUUUCCAAUACUACCGUAAAACCUUGAGCGAGGCUUCUGCUCAUCAACCAGCAUCAACCCAUGUUCCAUUCGGAACUCUUGCCCAAACCGCCCUGAAUUUGUCAACCACGUCUUCUGCACCAGCCACGUCCAAUAGUGAUGCACGUCCGAAAGCUCCUUCGAAGCCACGCAAGAGAACUGGUUUAGUAGAAAUGAAUGAUAAAGAUAAAUUAAUCAUGUUUUCAGCACUCGCUGUCAAAUUGACAGCAGAAAACGUGAAAACGGAGUUCGCAGAGAUGAAAAUGAACCAGUUGAGCAAGGCGGAAAAACGACAGAUUGGAGAGUUCGGUGCGGUAGAGUUGGGCUUGAUUCUGAUCAAUGUGACGUUCCAAAACGAAGGCUUGCAAAGCCAAUUGGCCUCGAUGGAUACAACUGAAAACGACGAGAAGACCGCAGCUCCACAAGUAGUCGAUACUAAAACGAAUACAUGUGAUCAAAUCUUGGAGCCAAUGCCGUCUAUCUCGCCAUCCUCCUUGCAAUUGGACGGACUUGCAAAAACGUUUGGAAGAACUGGAGAAGGAGUUGUCAAUUCAGAAAAUGAUGUUGGAGGAGAAAGAUAA